GUUGUUUCAAUUGAAAAUUUGACUAACUUUUGACUUUGAUUCAGAUAUUUAGGUAUCACAAGAAUCGUGUUUUGUGGUCAAAUUUUUGAUUCGAAAUUUUUUUCCAAUUCUACUUAAUUAAAUCCGUCCUUGUUUUUUUUUUGAUCAUUCGUCAACACAUUCAUAAUCAUGAAACUUGAAGAAUUACAAAGUACAAAUGACUAUAGUCAAUCAUCAUUAUCGUCAUCGUCGAAUCUUCGAUUAAGAAUAUCGGUUUCAUCACAUCAAGGUGGACGUAAAUAUAUGGAAGAUGAAUAUAUUAUUAUUCAUUAUCAGCCGAAAAAUCUAAAUCACCAAGAAACAAAAUCAUCAGUGAACAACAAUGAUGAUAAUUUAUUUCAAAAAUCAUUUGUAUUUUUUGGUAUAUUUGAUGGACAUGGUGGUGAUAUGGCAGCACGUUAUACCCGUCAAAAUCUUUGUCAUAAUAUUGUACGACAAAGGAAAUUUUGGUCAAAUGAUGAUGAUCAAAUUUGUUUAGCAAUUCAUAAAGGUUUUGUUCGAACGCAAAAAGAAAUGUUACGGGAAGUUGAAAAAUGGCCACGAACAACAACUGGUCUUCCAUCAACAUCAGGUACAACAGCAUCAAUAUUAUUCAUUAUGAAUGGAAAAUAUUAUACUGGUCAUGUUGGUGAUUCACGUAUUGUUCUCGGGCGUAAAAUAAAAAAUUCUCAACAAUGGCAAGCAUAUCCAAUGACCAGAGAUCAUAAACCAGAAUCACCACGUGAACGUAAACGUAUUGAAGCUACUGGUGGACAAGUAAUGAAUAAAUCUGGUAUUGGUCGUGUUGUUUGGAAUCGUCCACGACGAAUAAUACGUUCAGAUGAUUCAACCAUACAGAUUGUAUAUGAUAUGAUACCAUUUUUAUCGGUUGCAAGAUCAUUAGGUGAUCUUUGGUCAUUAAAUCGUCGAUUAAAUAAAUUUAUUGUAUCACCUGAACCAGAUGUAAAAUGUAUACCUAUUGAUACAAUGAAUGAUAAAUGUUUAAUAUUAGCAUCGGAUGGUCUUUGGAAUAUGAUUAAUCAUAGACAGGCGAUAAAAGUUGUACAAGAUUUUGAAGAAAUUAAUUUUUCAUCAUCAUCAUUCGAUCGUGAUUCUAAUGAUGAUGAUCAUGAUGAAAAUCAAAUUAUUCAUGAUCCAGGACGAUCACAUUCAUUAGAAUUAUUUGCUGCUUGUAUUGAUCGUUGGAUGCAAGGACGUUCGGAUAAUACAACCGUUUUGGUUGUUAUGUUGAAUCAAAUUAUUGAACAACAACAACAACAACAGGGUAAUCAUCAUCAACAGCAACAAAUAUUUGAUCAAUAUGAAUUUGAUUUAAAUUCUGAAGAUUCAUUUGGAUCAUCAUCAUCAUCAUCGACAACAUUAUCACCAUCAUCAUCAUCAUCAUUAAUAACAUUAAUGAUUGGUGAUACUAUACAUUCAUUGGAUCGUUUUGAUCGUCAACAAACGGAUGAAAAUUUUUUGGAAAUAAAACCAAAAGAUGAUGAAGAAAUUGAAUUGAUUGUUGAUCAAAUAUUGAAUCGAUUGGCCAAUGAUGAUGAUAUUGAUAAUAAUUUACCGUCCAUUAAUAAUGAAUUAUUUUCCGAGCUUAUUGAUGAUGAACAAAUGUCUUCAAUCAAAGUAACAACAAUACAAUCAGAUUAUAAUAAUAAUAAUAAUAAACCAAUAGUAUCGAUAUGUGAAUUGAAUAAUCAUUCAUCACCAUCAUUAUCGAUAAUCAAAGAUCAACAACAAAUAUCAAAUGUUUAUUGUCGUAUUAAUUUUAAUUAUUCAUUCAAUCAUUAUUCAUCAUCAUUAUCAUCAUACCAUAAAUCGAUACAACAAGGCCAAUCAUCAACAACAACAAUAAUGAAUAAUGGAAAAAUGUUGGCCAAUAAAAUGAUCUCAUCAUCAUCAUCAAUGAAUGAUUUGGUUGUGUCUAGAAUUAAUCUAAUUAAUUCGAUUGAAAAUUUAUCUUCAACAAUAAAUCGUAAUGUUCAUUAUGAUCAAAAAUCAGAUUCAACAAAUCUUGAUCAUCAUGAAUCAUUGGCAACAAAAUCAAUAAAACGAAAAAUAUCUUCCAGUUUAUCAUUGGAUAUUCCAAAAAAUUUAUUAUCAUCAUCAUCAUUGUCUUCCAUUAUCAAUAAUAAUGAUCAUCAACAAAGUGAUAAUAUUAUAGAUCUCAAUAAUAAAAUUGAUAAUGGACAAAUAAUUGAUAAUCAACUCAAAUUUAGUUAG